AUGCCCCCUCCACCAUCGGGCCCCUUCAGUCGCUGUGUCGUUUGCUCGGGCAAAAUCCCCUUCCAGGACGGGCACGACACCUGCCUUUUCUGCCUCGGCGAAUCGCACUCCCCCCAAAAUUGUGUGCAUUGCCAGGCCUUUACUAAAGCUGCCCUAAAGGCCCGACAGCAGAGACUUAAAUUACAUCUCUGGAACUCUGCCUUGUCGGCCUCCGAGCCCUCAUCCAUGGAGUUACCAUCUACCUCCUCCGCCUCCAUCUCAGAGGGAGCUGCACCGGCAGUUUCUAAGGCAGUGGACUUACCUCCUUCUAAACCAUCUAAGAAGGCUCCUAAAAAAUCUUCCAAGACCUCGUCUGUGGCCAAGCCUGUCAAGCAGACCAAGGCGAAGGGCUCAACAAGGUCUGCAGAUCCCAUUCCGCGGAUCUCGCCUAUUCCACCCGACAUCCCUUCCCCUAUUUUGGAGGAUUCGUCGAGAGGAAAGGACUCGACGUCGGGGGCGGCCACCCCCCUUCCUCCUCGACAAUCUGAGCCGGCUAUACCCCUUGGCGCUCCCUCUCUGACGCCAAGUCAGCUUGUAAGAAUAACAUCAAGCUUGGGUUCUGCCCAUGUAAGCCCUAUGUCAUCAGGGCGGGCUUCACCGGCUCCGUCGCUGUCUCCUGUGCCUUCUCGUUCCUCCUCACCGAGGAAGAAGUCCGAGAAAAGGAAACAUCUUUCUGAGGAUCGACAUCGGUCCCUUAGUAAACAUAGCAAGAGACGCCGGCACCACUCUCGACGUCGCUAUACCUCGACGUCGGAUGACUCCUCCUCCUCUGAGUCACGUCGAAGACGCCAUAAACGGCACUCUCGACGUCGGUCUCGCUCCUCCUCCUCAUCGACGUCGCCGGAACGGCGCCAUCGUCAUCGGAAAGUGAAGUACAUUUAUCUCUCUUCUUCUUCAUCGUCGGCGUCGACCCCUCCCCCGAAGAAACGUCGACGUCGUCACAAGAGGAAGACGGUAGAGGCCCCUCAGCCAGCUCCGCCCUCGGCUCCACCGAUAGUCCCCACUCCUCCUACCGGUUCGGCAUCGACAAUCCCACCUCCCCCUCCGCCCCCACCUUCUGUUCCUCCUACAGCUCCAAGCGCUCCCUGUCCACGUCCAAAGAAGACACAUGAUUUAUCUUCAGAUGAUGAUGCCCCCCCCUCAUCACAAGAACCUGACUCAGAUGAGGAGCCACCCCCACAACCUACGCCCCAAGAUUUACCAGAGGGGGAGACAGUGGAGUCAGACAUAGGCAAUCCUCAUGAUUCGUUUCCUUCUGAGGAUUUCACUUCCUAUGCACAAAUGCUUUCCAGGCUCGCCAAAACACUUAAGAUUCCUGUGGAUGAGCCAACUCCUCCCGAGGAGGACCUUAUCUUCGGUGACAUUACUAAAGACAGGUCAUCGCCUCCUAGUCUUUCCUUUCUACCUGCAUUGCUCAAAAUUGUCCACGAGUUUUGGGAGCACCCUUCUGCAUCGGUACCCCUUCCCAAAAGAACUGAGAGCAUGUACAAAAUUACUGGAGAUGAUGCAAAAUUUUUGCUUAAGCACCCCAUCCCCAACUCCCUCAUAGUGGAGACGAGUUGCACUAAGCCAUCAGGGAAGGUUCAUGUUAUCCCCACAAAUAAAGAGGGGAAGAAACUUGAGCUUAUUGGAAGACGCCUCUAUUCUUUAAUUACCUUCAUACUUAGGGUCGCUAACUACCAAACUGCCCUAGGAGCAUAUCAGAAACAGCUUUGGCUUAAAAUGCUUCCCGGCCUUCACAUGCUACCUGAUGAGGCCCGACAACCUUUCCUUAACACAUAUGAGGAGGCUCAAACAGUUUCGAAACAUCAGAGAAUUGCAACCAGACAUUCUGUCGAGGCAGCGGCAAGAAUUCUCGUUACUGCUGUUACCUUACGCAGGCAUGCGUGGUUACGCGCUGCAAACAUUUUUGAGGAUGUGAAGACUAAAGUUGAGGAUUUACUCUUUGAUUCUUUGGGUCUUUUCAUUGAAAAAACAGACACCCACCUUGAGGACUUACAUAAAGCAAAGAAAACUGCGAAGUCCUAUUACAUUCAGCCACAACCAAAGUUUAAUAGGUUUCAUUGGAAAAGGUCUUCCAACCAAUACAACCAACCCUCUCAACAAUUCAGACAGUUCAAGGACGCCUCACGAUCUGCAUCAUCUCAGAACUCCGCUGUUCCUUCUACUUACCGUGGUCACCAACCAUCCCAGCGACGUCAAUCUUACAAGCAACCUGCAAAGAAACACAGACAGUACCUUUGACUGGUUAAGCCAUCCUUCAUCUGCCAUCACAGACAUAAG